AUGGCGACCUCCGGGGGAGAUCCCCAGAGAAGGAAAGCUACCUCUCUCCCAGGAGGCUCGAGCGGUUCAAGAGGUGGAGCCCCGCCGGCAGUGGUUCGCCCAGAAAAAAAACUCUGGUCUUCAUUUCCCACGGCGCAGAGGCUGAUGAAUUCUUACAAAGCCUCCACCUCCUCCUUCCUGCUCCAGCACAUCAUUCACCGCUAUCCGGAGUCGGACCCAGAGCUGGAGGAAUCCGAGGGCGAGGGCGAGGGCGUGGGCGUGAACGAGGAGCGAAUGGAUUCCGAGGCGUCCUCAGAGUCCGAGCUGCUGAAUUUGGAGGGUGAGUUUGAUGGGGUCCUGAGAGAGGAGGCCGUGGCUGAGGCACUCUACCAGUUGGGGCGCUCCGGUUCCGGGACUGAGCAGGUCUUCCUCAACCUAUCUUUAUCGGUGAGU